CUCCUCCCCGUGCAUCGCCACGUUCUGCUCGUGGUCUGCCUCCUGCUGCUCCCCUAGCUUCUGGUAGUCCCAAGGCUGAUGAAGAUAUGUCAUCAUCCACAGAGGAGCUGAGCUGGUCCCGAAGCAGUGAUGAAGAUGUGGCUGCUAAUAACAAGGAUGAAGAUGGCGACAGCACAGACUUAUCUUCGGACUCGGAUCAUAAUCCAAAGCGCUCAGAAGCAUAUUGGCGUAGUAAACUUGACAAAGAGCGCGCUGUCGUAAAGGCAUUACAGCGUCAAAAAGAAGCGUGCAAUAAAGACAUUACGUUCCUGAGCCAAUCGGUGGAUGACCUUACGAAUGAAAAGCAAGCCUUACAAACUAAAUACGAGUCAGAAAAGACAUCCAAAGAGCGGUUCCAAGAUGACUUAUCGUGUGUGACAGAUAAGCUGAAUGAAGCCACUGAAACGGUCAGACAACUUGUUACUGAGAAAGCUGAAUUGGAGAAAGCCAUAAAUGAGCUACGAAACAGCCAUGAAACAGCCUUAGGCGAAGAAAAAGCCAAGCAUGAAAAGUCCAAAUCUUCAGAGACUUUGUCAAAUGAAAAACUGCAAGCACAGCUGCGGCAUUCACAGGAUCAAGUCCGUGUCCUCAAGGCAACGAUGGAGCAAUUCUUGCGCAUGGGCAUCUUCAGCGAGGACAUAUCUGUCUAUAGCGAUAUUACCUCAAAAUAUAGCACAACCACCAAAUCAAGUGCCAUCGAGUCGUUUGUUCAAGAACAACGUCAAGAACAGCAACACACUGCGGUGACAGCAGUAGUCACCUCAGCAUUAUCCAAGCCAGAAGAAAUCAAGGAGUCAUCCCAGAUGAACGACAAACCAACAACAACAACAGCGGCAACAAAGAAAGAAUUACCAGAAAUCAAGUCCGUCGCUGAUUUAGACAUGCAUUUGAGAGAACUCCUUCGGGAAAAGGAACUCGUACGUGGAUUUUAUAUUCUUGUUGUAUUCCUAAUUCUUCUUGUUUUAUUCUCCUGAAAAAUCCUUCACCUAGCGACCCCCUCUCAUCCUCAUAUUUAUUGUUCUUAUUUACUACGCUACCUUAUUUUUCGUACUCUUAUUACCACUUUACUACUACCAUUUCUGGCUAUCCGAAUAAUUGAUUUUAAU